AACGGUACAAAUAAAGUCACCAACCUUCAAACUGUGCCAAUAAGCCAUCCAGUAUGCUUCCAUAGUCCAAAACGAUGUUUAUUUGCUUGAUCGAUGUGACGCUAAGAAUGGUGCCUUGUGUACAUCCACUUUGCUGCAUCAUCUUCUCUGACAUGUUUUCACCACAUUUCUUCAAGUUGUCAUCUAUUGUUACACAUGAAUCAAAAGCUGACGAUGUCCCCUGUAAUAUUCCAGAGCUAUUUUUUGGCGUGGAGCAACGUGUACGGAGAGGCAGACGUCUGUUUCACCUAAGCACAGCAUUCUUGUACGCGUCUCGUAGUGAACCUUUAUUUUGGUAGUUGACAAGAUAGGCUGAGAGGUCACAAACGCUCACCCAAACUUGAGUGACAUCUAAUCCAGCCAAUAGUAUGCUUUCUUCUGACAAUGUAGGUUGGUCAUUCAUCCCGAUUGGUGAAUCCCUCACGUUUUUGACGGCAUGCGUAUCUGCCGCAUGGUUUUGGUUGUCACAACAACAUUGGAGUUGCCGCCUACUCUGCUUGCUUUACGCAUCGUAGAGCAGCAUUUCUCGUCAGCAAUUUCGGGUUUGUACUCCCUAAAAGUGUGUGUUGCCUGUGAGUGUGAGUCGUCUGUGCUUUCUGUGAGUCGAGUGUUGUGAAGACAUCAUGGAUGGACGCGGUAGGAAGCGCUAUACUUUGGCCGAAAUCCACGCUCAACUUUUUGAUGACGGCGGGAAUGAGACAGAGGAUGAUGCGGUGUCCGAAGCUGACAGCACCGACUCAGCGCUUCAGGCGUUUGAGGACGGCAUAGAUGUCGUCCUCGAUUUUGAGGAGACAUCUGACUCGGAUGAUGGGAACACAUCUGAUGACCCUUUGGAAGGGACUUCAACUGCCCCACACCCAGCUGCCUCUCCAACUCCUCCAGCUGCCUCUCCAACUCCUCCAGCUGCCUCUCCAACUCCUCCAGCUGCCAGCAGUGUGCGCAUGAGUGGCAGGCGCCGUGAUCUCCACCCUGCUCCAACUCCAUGCCCUCCUCCAGUUAGUCGUGGUAAGCGCCCCUCAAAAGCCUCUGCUCCAACUCCAUGCCCUCCUCCACCAAGCCGUGGUGCUACGAGUGGUAAACGCACCUCACAAGCCCCUGCCUCAACGCCAAGCCGUCCUGCGAAGCGUGCAUCCCUGGGUCCACCGCCGCAGGACUCCGACUUCUGGCGUGAUGCAACGAGUGAAGACGUGGAGCCUCCACCAUUGCCAUUUCGACCCAGGCGCCCUCCAGGACCACAGCUGGACCCUCAGGUAGACUACCGGCCGCUUGACCUGUUCUUAUUGUUUUUCAGCAAGGACGUGGUUAGGACCCUGUGCAGGCAUACCAAUCUCCAUGCUGCAAAAAGGGCUGCACAAGGACGAAAGAGGAAGUGGGUCGACAUAGAGCCGGAGGAGAUGUACCGCUUCAUCGGAUUGGUCAUCUACAAGGGAUUGAUGAAGUUGCCAGAGAUGCGGGACGGAUGGAGGAAGGACCGCCUUCACAGUUUUCCCUUCCCUGCAUCCGUCAUGCCAGGGUACAGAUACGAGGUAAUCUUCUCAACCCUUCACAUGAGUGACCCGGCUGUUGAUGCAGCAAAUGAUCAGCUGAAGGGCCAGCCUGGGCACGAUGGCCUCUGCCGCCUCAGGCCGCUGCAUGAUGACCUCCUGACGGCAUGCAGGGCUUACUUCCACCCGCUCCAGAACCUCUCAGUGGAUGAGAGGAUGGUAGGCACCAAGUCCCGGAUCGGGAUGAAGAUGUACAGCAAGGACAAGCCAACAAAGUGGGGGUUCAAGCUGUUUGUCUUGGCUGACAGCUCGAAUGGCUAUACGUCGUAG